UCUCAUUUCCUUUUGGUGCCCCGGAUGGAUGGGAUGCAGAUAGUUGGUGGUGCGGUUAGAAAGAACCUGAUGUAUAAAGCUGCUAGGUGCGGAAAAUUGAUUUUUCCUCUAUAGCUGCUUUUCUGCACGAGGGCGAGUUUGUCGGAAAAUUGUGUUCGGAAGAAAAAUAAGUGAUUAGUUUGAAUUGAAAAGGAUAGGAACUCGCAAGUGAUACGGAAAAAGCAAAUGGAUGCGCUAAUCGACGAGGUUGAAUCGCUGGAAGCGAUCCUGAUGGAUGAUGUCUUGAUUACCCGGAGCAGUAGUGGUGUACCGGAAAUGAUCGAAACGACUGUGUUUCCCACCGUUGGCGAAGAAUUGGACAGUCAAUAUGUCUGCAUCACGCUGCAAGUCCUCCCUGGUCCCGGGUACCCAGACGUCAAGCCUAACAUAAAGUUGAAAAAUCCUCGUGGUCUGGAUGAUCAAAUCAUCAACAGUAUCGAGGCAGCAGUGCGCCAAAAACUGGACGAAUCUGUAGGACAACCAGUGGUUUUCGAUCUGAUUGAUAUCAUCCGGGAGCACUUGACCGAGAGUAAUCUGCCGUCGGGACAGUGCGUUAUCUGCCUUUAUGGCUUCCAGGAAGGGGACGCUUUUACGAAAACCGUGUGCUAUCACUAUUUGCACAGUCACUGCCUGGCGUGUCAUUUGAAUGCAUCGCGACGGAACUACGAUGAGGAGCUGUCCAAAAUGCCAGUGUGGAAGCAGAAGGAAACCAAACCGUACCAGGCGCAGUGCCCGGUAUGUAGGGAACCGAUCGAGGUGCAAGUGGAACCACUGUCGAAAUGUCGACCGCCCAGCGAGUUGAUCAACGCGCCCAAGUUUCGGGUCACCGAUGAGCUCAAAACGUUGCAAGCACAAAUGAGCCGUCUCUAUUUGCACCAGAAGAGCCGGGGUGGAAUCAUUGAUUUGGAUGCCGAAGAGGGGAAUGUUAUUUCCAUUGAAACGGAAGGCGCGAAUAGUGAGACCCCAAAAGGCACAAAUGAAGCCCCACAGGAAAGCUCCUUAUCGGAAAAUCACUCGAAUCCCCAGACGCAUAGGCAAAAUAGUGCAUCGGCGGCGGUGAAUAGUCAAACAUCCGUACAGCAUGAUCGCGGAAGCUCUUCCCGCCAAUCCGGGGCUGGCCCCGGAGGCAGUCGGGGUCACCAUGGGAAUCGAACAAAUACAAAUCGUGCUCCCCAGAAUAAUGGAUCAGUGCCAUCAGCGGAAGUAACCGAAGCUCCUCAGGCCCAACAGUACAACUCCCAUCACCACCAUCGUGGAGGUCAUCGCCAUCGCCGUGGAGGCCAUCAUCAUCAUCAUCACCACCACCAUCACCAUGGUGGUGGUCAUCAUCAUCGCGGCGGCGGUGGCGGCGGUGGAGGCACUACUUCAACUAGUGCCAAUAACGCCACUGGAAGCGGUCAGAAGAACUUAAACAAUCCGUGCACAUCCGGUGCCAGGUGACAAUUGUUGCCCCCGGAAAUGGAACAGUGGAGUCAAAGAGCAUUGACACUGCGAUCGCAGCAACACGACACGCCACCGUCGCUGAAGCUCAUGGAUCGAGCGGCGUUGCUGCUGGAUGACGACCUUUUAACCCGUCGGCAACGGUUGCUGAUAUAACAUUUGGCCCAGCCAGGUAAGCUCGUACGUAAUACUUCGCUCGAUAGGACCGAUAUGGCAAAUUGUGCAUCCAACCGAGCAUUCGCUCUCCUAAUCACUCUAAAAAGCACGUUCAACCGCAAAUUCAUAGACGGUGACAAUGAAGAUGAUACUCUUAGUAGCAGCAGUAGCACUAUUAACAUUAGAACAACCAAUUGUAUGACUGUGUCUGAAAUUCAACCCCAACUAUGUGAACCCAUACGACUGAUUAGAAUAUCAUACUUUUUCCCUGGCGUGCCAAUGACGGUCACAUGGGUGGCGAUGGUGGUGGUGGUGCUGUUAUUGGCACUGCUGCUGGAAGUUUUGAUAAGUUUUGUACGAAUAUGUUGCUACCAUCAGCACUGUCGAUGGCGGUGUAACCACGUGCUUCAACGUUGCUUGAUUUGUGAUAGAAAUUUUAUAAUGAUGUAAGAGAUGGUAUUUUAUUUGUGUCGGUUGUGUUUUUUUGUGCAUUUGUGUUAUUGAAUCUUUAGUAGGAUACGCAGAAUUUGUGUGUAAACCUAAUAUAAAACGAAUAAUCAUCGGCCAACAUUCGAAGUAGCAUUCUUCAGCUUGGGUGUGCCGUCAAAAGUCACUGACCCAUGUUUUCUAAUGUUUCUUUUCUAAUUUCUAAUUUCAUGAGAAAAUACUCAGGAGAUUCGAUACUUUCUUGUGUACCUAAUUCCUAUAUUGAGCAAAUGCUAUAUGUAUUACAAUAGCAAUGCUUUCAUACAGUAAGUUUACAAAGCAAAUUAUUCAUCUCAAAAAGAAAUAAGAAAUUCACUUUAAUAGUAGUAGAGCUGUCCUAUAGUAAUUAUUUUUUAAAGUGAAUUAAACUUCUUCAAUUUGAUGAACAUAGAUCUGAAAUCUUCAAAUGCCGUAUGAGGGUAACACAUGCUUAGCCUUAGUGCGGUUUGUUGUCAGUCUAAAGAGUGAGCUUACUUCCCAACAGCAUCUCGUGGAACAACGUUAGUUACGCCAUUUAGGUACAAGACCCUAAUGGUACAAGAGGUACACGACCCAAGGCUUCUUUUUCCGGCUUUUCAUUGUUCUGCACGAUUGAGAAUUCGCGAAGCGUGUUGAAGGAUUUAGAUGUUUCUAAAAGGAAAUCACGGUACCCAGCUAUUCCGAUUUUCGAAGCAUUGGUGGCAACUACGGUUGGCAUUCCUAUUCAUCUUCAUAGUGGGUCAAUAGAUGGUCGGAUUAAGGCACUAUCUUUUUUUUUUUAAAGGUCGCUGUCCUUCUGUUUUUGCAUCAAUAGGUUCAGUGAUUCAACAACAUGCGUUUUCAAAUUUUGCCGAAAAUGAUUCUUCGCGGCAGCAUCAGAGCAGCUCAUUCCGAAAAAUCUACAGGAUCAGUAUCAACCAACGGAACGGAAUGGAAUGAAAAGGUUCGUUUUGAACAGAACAUGGGAGGUGUCUGGGAGCAACUUGGUAAGCCGAAGAUGAAACCAUUUUUUAUAUGCUGUAGCUAGUCGGAUCUCAAGUUAGUCUUGGCGAAGGAUUGUGCUAAUCUGGAGAUGGCGAAUUUGAUUCUCGUUCCGGUCUAUGAUGUUUUCGAGUAGGAAAUACUCUCGAUUCCCUGGUCAUAGUGCCACACAAGAUAGGGGAACGGUUCGGUACUUCAUCUCAUAGAUCCUAUUUCUAUCCCAGCAAUGAAAAGGAAUUCGGGUUGUUUCUUAUUUUUGUGAUUUUUUUCACCAGUGAGCAUGCGUGUUAGCAAAAAGAAACGACGAGAUUGGUACUGUAUUUCUUUGUUUUGCGAUGAGUUGAAUAUAUGUUCAGUUAGAUGGGAAUCGGAACAGUUCCCCUACAUACUCAAGCAAUUGGGGAGCAUCGAAAACUUCCAAUUAAAUAACUAAAGAAAUGCUAAUAGAAUACAUCAUCUUUCAGAUGGAUUGUAGAGCCAUUGAAGAAGAAGAAGAUAGUCGGUGAGUUCGUUCGUUGGCAAGGCCGAUGUUAUCUCACUUCUGUGCGCAAUCAGUUCAUUCAAAAGUAGAAGAUUGCUAAUGUCGUUCCUGUUCACGUGACUAACAUCUAUGUUACUUCGACCUGGCAGCCAAAGUACUACAAAUGUCAAACCGAUGUUGGUGAUGAAACUAAACAUGCUCUAAAACAUGAUUCAUAAAAUAUAGUCAAUUGAAGCUUGUUGAAGCAUAAUUUGGCAAAAUAAUUUAAAUGACUAUAGCGCCACUAGCGUAUUAGUACUUAUGCUUCUACUGCGCAACAUAAACCUGACACCUUUUAAGCAGAAUAUCGAGUGAGCAUUGGCUUAUAGGACACUCGUCAACACAAAAUUCUUUCAAAAUGUUGACAAUUUCGACCUACAUAAAAAGUUACAUCAUUGUGGCUUCCGUUAUUUCGAGUAUGUACUCUCUUUGAGGUUUGGUCAGAAUAUCUGCCAUUCUUAUAAUUGCCAAUAAAAGACAAAAAAUGUUCAAUGAAUUGGGUGUAAUUUUCUAUGCAGUACCUGUAUCAACUUUUUUUUCUUAGCUAAAACUUUCCGGGAACAUUUUUCUAACAAAAAAAAACACAUAAUUGGGAGUUUAAAACAAUGUAAAACUAUGAUACAAAUCUGUAAAUCCUUUACACGUUUAUGUGUAGAUUGUAUCAUUCAAUAACUGUAUACUCCUGUAUACUCACAGCGUCAUUGUAAUAAGUUGCUUUCAUGAUUGGUGCUGCUAGCUAUUACUUAGUUGAACUUGUGUUAUGUGUAACAUUCAUAAAGCAAAGAUCUUUGAAGGACAAGCCUCCCGGAAUCCAAAACUAAGGUGUCUCGAGUUGCUAAUGGCACACCACUCUCAAUACGGAAGCAACGCACAACUGUCAUUUUUAUGAUUUCACGCAUGCUGUGAUGCAGCACAGCUGAAAUAAAAGUAUGACAAUUGUGCGUUGCUUCCGUAUUGAGUGUUGUGUCCAUGAAAACGCGAAUAUUUGGAUUCCGGGAGACUUGUCCUUAAACUUACUCCGUAAAACACGAAUUUAAUUUUAUUGAUUACAAUUAAUUAUUUAAUUUACCGAGAGAUUGAUAUAAAUUUGGAGAACAGGCAAACUCAAUUUCCAUUCGUUGUGAUUUAUGCUAAUUCCAAUCAAUACAAAACGCAGUAUUCAUAACUAACUUUAUUGAAGACGAAUGAUUGUUUGGAGUUAGGACACGUCACGACGACAAGAAACGUCGAUUCGACGUAUCAAAACCAUCAUCGUAACCAAAUACAACGUACAUUACGAAUAGAAUGCUGAGCAGACACAAAUAGAUUAGAUAUAAUAAUAAUCGAGUGUAAACAUUCCUUACAGUGCUUAUUAUGUAAAUGUAGAAUUCAGACCAGUUCCUCCACUUUCGUAGCAUUGUGUUCACUGAUGCAAGCUGUGGUUUUAGUCGACAAUUUAGUUUUUAGCACAUCUAUUAGAAGUUUUUUGAUUUUAUUAGGGUUUUAUUCGAAUGCCAAUUGCGUACUAAACCUAAACUACGAACGCUUAUAGAGCGUGAUAAACGAUCAUAUGACAGACAUACUGCAAAACGAAUAUUUCUUGUAAAAGUAAUCAAUUAUUGAAUACGUUUGGCAUGCUUAGCGUAUUAAUUAGAACGGGAUUAUCAAAAAAGAUGACAAAAGAUGCCCAUUCGAAAUGUUCGAAAUUGGGCUUUUUGCUGUAGACUAAAAACUGUAUAACGUAAUCAAUUCACUUAUGUAUGACCGAUAGUAAAAACCUGAGACGAGACCUGCAAAGAGGAAAAAAUGUAACUUCAGCUGCUGCCAGUCAACUGCUGUCACGAACUGUCAGGUGCAACCAGCAGCUUUUUGAGUGAAAGUAUUGGUAUCCCAAAUAAAAUAUUCCACAUCAUUUUUGUUUUACCAAGACAUUUUUACUUUAACGAGUAUUCCAAACCUUCCGUUUAGCUUGUUAAUAAUCAGUAAUAAACCUGUGUUUUGUUUCCGGGUUUAAAAAUCCUUUUGAAAAUGAAUUAACUAUUUGGUGAAUUGGAUACACUUAUAUUGUGCUCAGAAGGGUCCACCUGGGGCUUAGGUGAAACAGUCAAGUAAACAGUUGAAACUCGAUGGUCAACUGUGAUGAAAAGAAGAACAAGUGUCAAAACAAGAGAAAAGAAGCAGCGUCUUUGCAGGUCUCGUCUCAGGUAAAAACGGAAUGAUUCAAUGCAAUCAUAACAAUUGAUGAUUUGGCUAUUCCGUUAUAUGAACCGAUUUAGAAUGUCAAUAAAAUACUACGCAAUUGGAAAGAACGGUUUAAACAUUUUCCAAUUUGUAUUUGAUCACGAUAAUAAGGAAAAUUUGAAUCUAAAACUUUUAAACUCAUCAAUCAAUUAAAUAGAACACGGAUAAACAAACAAAAGCAUACUUGAAAACUAAGAUUAAUUCAAUUUCGAUGUAAUUAUGGUGGAAAGACAACAGGAAUAAUGAAUGAUAAAAUGCGCCAUUGAAAAAAAUAUUACAAAGCUGGAGACAUACAUUCAAUUCAUACUAUCAAACACGUA